CCGCCCAUCACGCCAAAGGGGAUGUCGGGGUGUGAUCAAAGCACUGUCGAAUCAUUGGCCGACGAUCCAACAGAUUCACCAUUCGAUGCCGAUGAUUGUCUCAAGGUGCGCAAGUACUGGUGCUUUCUGCUGUCCAGCAUCUUUACAUUCCUUGCUGGCCUGCUCGUGGUGCUACUAUGGCGAGCCUUCGCGUUCGUCUGCUGCCGCAAGGAGCCGGACCUGGGGCCCAACGACCCCAAGCAGAAGGAGCAGAAGGCCUCCCGCAACAAACAGGAGUUCGAGGGCACCUUUAUGACAGAAGCAAAAGACUGGGCUGGAGAGCUUAUCUCGGGUCAAACAACAACUGGUCGAAUUUUGGUCGUACUCGUAUUUAUACUCAGCAUUGCAUCCCUCAUCAUAUACUUUGUUGAUGCAUCUAGCGAAGAAGUCGAAAGAUGCCAAAAGUGGAGUAACAACAUUACUCAACAGAUCGAUCUCGCAUUCAAUAUAUUUUUUAUGGUUUACUUUUUUAUACGAUUCAUAGCGGCGUCCGAUAAGCUUUGGUUUAUGUUAGAAAUGUACAGUUUUGUAGAUUAUUUUACAAUACCCCCGUCCUUCGUAUCAAUAUAUUUAGAUCGAACAUGGAUCGGUCUUCGAUUUCUUCGAGCGCUACGUCUCAUGACUGUUCCAGAUAUUUUACAAUAUUUAAACGUACUAAAAACAUCGAGCUCCAUACGCUUGGCUCAACUAGUAUCAAUUUUUAUAUCCGUGUGGUUAACAGCAGCGGGCAUUAUACAUCUGCUGGAGAACUCUGGCGAUCCGCUGGAUUUUAAUAAUGCUCAUCGUUUAUCGUAUUGGACCUGUGUCUAUUUCCUAAUUGUGACCAUGUCAACGGUAGGAUAUGGUGACGUUUACUGUGAGACUGUCCUGGGAAGAACAUUUCUCGUGUUCUUUCUGCUCGUCGGCUUGGCCGUUUUCGCUAGUUGGAUACCAGAAAUCACUGAACUGGCCGCCCAAAGAAGCAAAUAUGGUGGAACAUAUAGCAAGGAUCCUAGAAAAAGACAUAUUGUGGUAUGCGGUCAUAUAACAUACGAGUCCGUGUCGCAUUUCCUGAAGGACUUUCUCCACGAAGAUCGGGAGGAUGUCGAUGUCGAAGUGGUCUUUCUCCAUCGCAAAGAGCCUGACCUGGAGCUAGAGGGACUGCUGAAGCGUCACUAUACCACAGUGGCCUUUUUUCAGGGCACUAUGAUGAACGCAGUCGACCUGGAGCGAGUCAAGGUACAUGAAGCCGACGCCUGCCUCGUGCUAGCUAACAAAUAUUGCCAAGAUCCCGACGCAGAAGAUGCUGCCAACAUCAUGAGAGUCAUCUCGAUCAAAAACUACAGCGACGACAUUCGAGUCAUCAUCCAGCUGAUGCAGUACCAUAACAAGGCGUACUUGCUGAACAUACCAUCGUGGGACUGGAAACAGGGCGACGAUGUCAUUUGCCUGGCCGAACUGAAGCUGGGCUUCAUUGCCCAGAGUUGCUUGGCGCCCGGAUUCUCGACCAUGAUGGCCAACCUGUUCGCCAUGAGAUCGUUCAAGACGUCACCAGACACACAGGCCUGGCAAAAUGAUUAUCUUCAAGGUACAGGGUGUGAGAUGUACACCGAAACCCUAUCACCUUCAUUUACCGGCAUGACAUUCCCACAAGCCAGCGAACUGUGCUUCUCCAAGCUGAAGCUCCUGCUGCUGGCCAUCGAGAUCAAGGGCGCCGAGGAGGGGGCGGACAGCAAGAUUUCCAUAAACCCAAGGGGUGCCAAAAUCCAGGCCAACACCCAGGGUUUCUUCAUAGCACAAAGUGCCGACGAGGUGAAGCGUGCCUGGUUCUACUGCAAAGCCUGCCAUGAGGACAUCAAGGACGAGACGCUGAUCAAGAAAUGCAAAUGCAAAAACUAUGUGGGCAUGAUUAUGAUGCAGACGGGCAUGGUCAACCAAGGCAUCACAUCGGUGAUGAACACAAUGGAGGAUGAACACCAUCCUGCACCCACAUUUACGCCUCCAGAGCUACCCAAGCGGGUGCAUGUGCGUGGAUCUGUAUCGGGUGAUAUCACACGUGACAGAGAAGAUACGAAUCUACUGAAUCGCAAUGUGCGCCGUCCGAAUGGCACUGGCAACGGUACAGGUGGCAUGCACCACAUGAACAACACGGCAGCGGCUGCUGCGGCAGCUGCAGCGGCGGGAAAGCAGGUGAACAAGGUGAAGCCCACGGUGAAUGUGAGCCGGCAGGUGGAGGGCCAAGUGAUAUCGCCAUCGCAGUACAACAGGCCACCAGAGAAUGAUGCUAACCCUUAUGCGGGCUAUCAACUUGCUUACGAAGUUAAAAAGCUCAUGCCGACGAGUCGCAGUUCCGGCACGGGCACACAGAAUCAAAACGGCGGCGUCUCACUGCCCGCCGGCAUUGCGGACGAUCAGUCGAAGGACUUUGAUUUCGAGAAGACCGAAAUGAAGUACGACUCGACGGGCAUGUUCCACUGGAGUCCCGCAAAGAGCUUAGAAGACUGCAUACUGGAUCGCAACCAGGCGGCCAUGACCGUGCUUAACGGCCACGUGGUCGUGUGCCUGUUCGCCGAUCCGGAUUCGCCGCUGAUCGGGCUGCGGAACCUGGUGAUGCCGCUGCGGGCGUCCAACUUCCACUACCACGAGCUGAAGCACGUGGUCAUUGUGGGCUCGGUGGACUACAUCCGGCGCGAGUGGAAGAUGCUGCAAAACCUGCCCAUCUCGGUGCUCAACGGAUCCCCGCUGAGUCGCGCCGACCUGCGGGCCGUGAACGUCAAUCUGUGUGAUAUGUGCUGCAUCCUGUCGGCCAAAGUUCCUAGCAACGACGAUCCCACGCUGGCCGACAAGGAGGCGAUCCUCGCCUCACUGAACAUCAAGGCCAUGACCUUUGACGACACGAUCGGGGUUCUGAGCCAGCGCGGUCCGGAGUUCGACAACCUGAGCGCCACCGCCGGCAGUCCCAUUGUGCUGCAGCGGAGGGGCUCAGUCUAUGGCGCCAAUGUGCCCAUGAUAACAGAACUGGUCAAUGAUAGUAACGUGCAGUUUCUCGAUCAAGACGACGACGAUGAUCCAGAUACAGAACUAUAUCUGACGCAGCCUUUCGCCUGCGGCACAGCCUUCGCUGUGAGUGUGUUAGACUCGCUGAUGUCCACGACUUACUUCAAUCAAAACGCCUUAACGCUGAUCCGCUCACUGAUAACGGGCGGCGCCACGCCCGAGCUGGAACUGAUCCUGGCCGAGGGAGCUGGCCUCCGGGGAGGCUACAGCACCGUGGAGAGUCUGAGCAAUCGGACAGGUGAAUGUCGAGUGGGUCAAAUCUCACUGUACGACGGUCCGCUGGCUCAGUUCGGGGAGUGCGGCAAGUACGGGGACCUCUUUGUGGCGGCCCUCAAGUCGUACGGAAUGCUGUGCAUCGGAUUAUACCGAUUCAGGGACACCAGCUCCAGCUGUGAUGCGAGCAGCAAACGUUAUGUAAUAACCAACCCACCCGAUGACUUUUCACUACUGCCAACAGAUCAGGUAUUCGUUUUAAUGCAAUUCGAUCCGGGCCUGGAGUACAAGCCGCCAGCGGUUCGAGCACCUGCCGGCGGACGAGGCACCAACACACAGGGCUCCGUCGGCGGGGGCGGCUCCAACAAGGAUGAUAACUCUUGAUUGUUACUGUGUAGCGCCUUAACUGAUGGUCCUUAUUCGUACAUUUGAACGAUGGAGAAGCUAAUCGAAGGCAGAGCAGCGCAUUUGUGGCACCGCACCCACAACUACCUAUUGGCAUAAGAUAUUCAGACAAACGCAACAAAUCGGCAGAGAAAAAAGACAUAUUUGUGUGUAAAUUCGAUUGUACCGUGUACAAAAAGUGAAAUCAAAAGCGUUAAUUAGUUAGAGAUACGAACCUUUGGGUGCCAUUAAAAUGCGCUGCUCUGCUUUUUUAUGUGUGCGGAGGCAUGCGGCCCGGUGUAUUUUGUCCAUCCCAACUAACAAUCAAGAGACAGCCCAACCACAGACCACCAGAUCAACGUCGAUGGCAACGCCGCCUGUCUCCGCACAUAUAAAAAGCUAAUCCGGAUCGGGGGAACAAGACCAAUAGCCCUGAUAUCCAUCGUUCAACUGCCAACUGAUUGCUUCCCACAUCAUUCCGUAUGCCUUUUUAGAACCUUGAAAUUAUCAUAUUCUGUAUACUUAUAAUUUUAAUCUUACAACUACAUUGGUUAAUCUUGUAUCCUUCUUUAUCCAUAUUAUUUUGUAAUCGACUUUGUGCCCCAAUAAAAUUUAUUAUUAUUUGAGUUUUCAGUUUGUUAUCUGUUGAUUGCCCCGAAUUUCGUUCUCCAAGCAACAAUCAUUAGUUAUUCUUAUGGGUAUGUAUUUACGUAUGAGUGAUUUCAAUCAUCUUUACAUUUAAGAAUCGUUUGUCAUUAACUUUCAUUUACAUUUUGAGUUCUCUUCAUGGCGCUAUCAUUGCAUAAGAAACAAUUGAAAAUUGAAUUCUAAACGAAAAUCCAUCUCAAUGGUGUGACGUAAGCAAUUGGGAACCAUUAGUGAGGUAAGCUACACAUUAAACAAGGAAGCAAGGAAGUCUCAGCCACACACUGAGCGAAAAACAAACUACCAAAAACUACAACUAAGUCUACUCGAUCUAUGUACUCUCAUGUCUCAAAAUCUUUCUCUAAGCCGCGAAUGCGGCCACAACGCAACAAUUUAUAACGAUCACACGAAUUAAACACUGAAAACCGAUAUUUGCGAGAUUGCUUUUGGCUGAGAUACAGAUACUGAUAGCGAGAUACAGAUACAGAUACCGAUACAAGGCAAUGAGGCUAAAAUUCAAAAACUGCAUUUAGAAGUUUCUGAGCAUGCGCAAAACGAUUUAUAUAGAGCAGAGCAUAUUGUAAUCAUUAAACUUUUAAAGUAAAACUAAACACAAAUAUCGAUUAACGACACCUAAAAGCCAACAAUUUGCUAGCUAAUUCGUAUCGUACACCUAAAGCAAAUACAUACAUGGCUCGGCCUGAUAUCUUUUAUGAAGGCCAGAGAAAACAUGGUUGUUUUGGCCAAAGAUUGCCCAGUCAGGGGCGAUUCGAGCCAAAUACUAAGCCAUAUGCAAAGAAUUACACUUAACUAGAGGAAUCUCAGCUUUUUCACUCGACACAAGUCAAAUUUGCUAAUUCUAAAUUGAACAACUUCUUACAUUCACAUCUCAACACACGACACACAAAUGAGAGGGAUAUAACUCUCGAGUAAACACGACAAAAUAUUGUAAGUAGCGCAUUCGAAUCAUUAUUCAAUACUACUUAAUCUAGAGGACACCUAUGCCGGAAUAUAGAGUGCGACGAGGGUCGAAGAAAAAGUAGUUAGUAAUAUUUUUUAGUGUAUGUGAAUGUGUGCGCUUUUUACCAGCGAUUUACGAGCAGCAACUGUGGUGUUCUAAACAAUUUUGAUAGAUACAAUCGGUAACCAAGAAUGGCGAAAACGUUAUAUGUAUUUCCUUCCGACUUCUCUCUAUAACUUCUACCCUAACUUCUCUACCGACUUCACGCACUUGCGCUCGAAACGCCAAAGUGGAACGCUCUGAUUUUUGUACAUAGCCUGUAAAUAUGAUAAGCAACUGAUACCGAUACUAAAGUAUCUCGAAUACGUUAUCGUUUAACUCGUUUAUCCCGUGCUGUUUCGUUUUGCCGUUCAAAAAGAGUUUUCGGGUCAUAAUUGUAAUUUGUUCAAAUGAUAAACACUGCCAAAGCGUAUAGAAAUCACAUUAAAUGUAGAUCAAACCACCAAAAGCUGACAGCAUUCAUUCAAUAGAGGAAAAACCAAAAUACCAAAGAAGCGUAACAAGAAAAUGGCACAGAACAGCAUCCCAUGGAUUUGUUUGAUUGUUUCCACAAAUGAUUAGCGAAUAACAAAUUUAAGUAAAAACGAAUUCGAGCUUUUAAAUUUAAUACGAAAACCAAAUACAAAAAUAUAACAAUUUAUAAGUGAAUGCGAAAAAUAAAGAAGAGCCAAUUACCAUUUCGUUUCAUAUUUGAUUUGUAGUGGAAUUUUGUGUAGCCUAGGCUUACCCAGAACGUAAAUUAAAAACAAAAUAUGUGAAUAUUAUGCGCCUUCGAAAUUUAUGUAAACAUGUAUGUAGCCGUGCGAUGUGAGAAACAUUUAAACUCCAUUAAAGUAAAUUAAAGUUAAUGGUAAAGGUAACGGUGGCGGUAAAGGUAAAUGGUAAAUGGUAAUGGUAAUGGUAAAGUAAUCGUAAAUAGUCAAGUGUAAAUGUUAACGAAUCGAGAGCAUAGCAUAGCUUAGCAUAAACAUAAGACGACUAGAUAUCGCGACAAGCAGUUCAUAUAUUGUUAAUGAUAAACUUAUUAUUAAAUCGACAACAAAACGCAUUUGCAAUCCUAAAAUAAUAUGGAAACGAUGAUAGAGGUGGCGUAGCGAAAACCCAAAAGUUAAACAUAAUUUUUAAAUGAAUAAACUAGUUAUUAAAUUUAUAGAAACGUCACUUAUACACCCAACAACACUAAUACUCACUCACACACACCCACACACCACAUCGACAGCGAUGAACAACCCAACAACAAGAACAAAAAUGAACUCUCGAUGUUGUGAAACUUGAUAAAAUCAUGUUUACGCUAUAGCAGAUCUACAUAAAUGAAAUAAAAAGGAACGCAAGUAAAGUACAUAUUCAACCGAGAAAAACCAGAAACGAAAGCUUCUUUGAAACAAGCAAAAGAAAAUUUAUCGAAAAUUAUAGAAAAGAAAAACCCGCUGACAAAGCUGCCUUUCCCAUUUGCAUUUCCAAUUCAUAUUUGAUAAUAACUUCGAGUAUACUUUUCCACUUCGCUCAAUUUAACACUUCCGAGCAGCUUUGUUCACACAAAAUAAUAAUACAUAUAUUAAUAAUGUCGCAUAAAACUACUCAAUGCCGUAUAAACUAGUGUAAGUGCAAAGGUUUUUGUAGAAAAUUCGUCAAUAAAAUGCCACAAAAAAAAUAUAAAAUAUAUUAUCAUACUCGUAAAUGUGAAGCUAUGCAGCAUUUUACUGUAGUUAGAUUUUUUGUAUAGAAUCAACGUUUGCAGCUAAAAACCAAAACGAAAACCGAAACUAAUAUGAUAAUUUUACAGGUUUAAGGCGGAAAUGUUCAUUUUUUUAAGGAAUAACGAUAUUAACAAAUAUCAUAAUUAACAUUACAAUAGCAACUAAAA